AUGGCAGCGCAGGAGCCAUAUAAGCAAAGCUCUUCGGAGCCAGGUCAAAAACUUCCUCCUGCUACACCUGUAUAUGUUCUUAGAGGACAUACAAACCCGAUACACACCCUCAAUUUCUAUUGCCGCAACUCGAGACUCAUCUCUGGAGAUGCUGACGGAUGGGUUGUCGUAUGGGAUAUCACGAGUAAACGGGCGAUUGCAACAUGGAAAGCUCAUGAAGGGUCCAUCUUGAACGUUACAGGAGUCGAAGUUGCGCUAGAAACAGGCAUGGAGAAGAGAAUAUUUACACAUGGAAGAGACCAUAAACUCUGCGUCUGGAGAUUGAAUGAGAAGGAUGAAGCGGUGGUAGGAAACAUCUUGCCCGUGGACAUACAAAGUGACACCCAAGAGAGAGGCAAACCAUGGCUGCUACAUUCCCUCUCAGUUAAUGCUUUGAACUUUUGUGGGUUCACGUACUGCUUUCUCCCGUCGAAGGAGAUCCAGCCUGGGGAUGCAGCCAAAUCCGGUGUACAAAUAACCUCAUCCCCGCCUCAGAUGCUUCUGGCAGUCCCAAAUGCUUUGAAUACUGGAGGCCUCGAUAUCUUUCACCUGCCAUCCGAAAGACGGUUAUGUGUCAUCUCGCCAGACAACAAAGUCAACACCGGUAUGGUGAUGGCCCUAGAAAUGUUCAUACCAUCUCAAGGAGAAGAGAUUUAUAUCAUAUCUGGCUACGAGGACGGAAGUGCCAUGGUUCAUGCCUGUCGAGGCCCGAUCGACCGUCUACUCGCCGCGGAACAGGGAAGCCCCGACUCUCCAUGGAACUGGGAGCUAUUAUAUACAAACCGUUCACACUCGCAGCCGGUUCUUUCCCUUGAUAUAUCACCCUCUCUGGAGAGAGAAUAUUUCAUUACUUCAUCUGCUGAUGCAAUGAUCGUUAAACAUCCGAUUCCAAGGUUACAACCCGCCCUAGAACCCGACGUUACCGACGUAGGAGGUGGAGUCGAAUCGACGCAUUUCAAAUUAGUGAAUACCAAACAUUCUGGACAACAGGGGCUGAGAAUCCGGGCAGAUAAUAAAAUUUUCGCUACCGCAGGGUGGGAUAAUAGAAUCCGGGUAUACGGCUGCAAGUCAAUGAAAGAACUGGCAGUUUUGAAAUGGCACAAAGAAGGAUGCUACUCUAUUGCGUUUGCUAAGGUUGACAUCGAAUCCAGCGGUACCAGGGACGAUGUUAUAGAUGUCGAUUCAACCCAGGAAGCUAAGAGUACUGCACUUACGUUGAAGAAUGAACCUCGUUCGCUUGCGGAAAUUAAGCAAAGGAGAAGCAUCAAAGCACAGUUAACGCAUUGGAUUGCAGCAGGUUCAAAAGAUGGAAAAAUUUCGCUAUGGGAUAUAUACUGA